CCUAUGAAGAUGGAGCGGUCCACUGGAGGCCAAAUCCGUCCAUGUGAAGGACCUAUGAAGAUGGAGCGGUCCACUGGAGGCCAAAUCCGUCCAUGUGAAGGACCUAUGAAGAUGGAGCGGUCCACUUGAGGCCAAAGCUGUCCAUGGCUUGCUAAAGAGGACCGCGUAGAGGACUGAUGGAGAGGACCGUCGGAAAGGAACGCGGAGAGGACCGCCAGAGAGGACCGCCGGAGAGGACCGUAGAGAGGACCACUGGAGAGGGCUCGCCGGAGCAGUGGGAGCUUGAUGGACAAACUGGAGCAAUCGCGGCCACUGCCAUCUGCGGCUCGCUGGAGGAGUGGGAGCUCGUCGGAGGGCCGCCGCUGUUGCCCGUGGCUCGCCGGAGGAAGGAGGAGGCUCGUUGGACCUGGUUGUGGACCGAGAGUGGCUCACCGGAGAGGUUUGUCGGGGAUGACCGGACCGACGGAGAGGACCGCCAGAGGAACUGGGAGCUCGUUGGAGGGCCGCCGCUGCUGUCCGUGGCUCGCCUGAAUAAGUGGGAGCUCGUCGGAUGGCCACCGCCGCUGCCGUCCGUCGAGAAGGUGGCUCUGCUGAGGGCCAGUGGCUGCUCUCCAAGGUCGCCCAAGGCCAGGCGGAGCUCCCCGCUUCUCGCCGGAAGUGAGCCGCACUGGAAGGCUCGCCGAAAAGGACCCGUCGUUGUCCAAUGUUUCAAAAUGGCCUCUCUAGAUCUGGGCGGUCAAUCAACAUGAUGCAGAAGAGUAGGGAGUUUGUUUUUUCUCUUCUGCCCUUUUCCCUUCAACCUCUCUCUCUCCCUCUUUUUUGUUUUGUCUUUUUUUACUUUCUCAACCCACUUUUUUUUCUCCAUUACGGACUCGGAGCACAAAAGCUUUUUGUGACGGGUCCCACGGUCGGCGCCAGUGAUGAAAACCGCUUUUUCGGGGCGUCGACCCGACGAAAUCGGUACCGGGUCGGCACCGCACUGAAUAGCGAAAUUCGGAAAUUAAAGAAAUAAAUAAAGCGGAGAGAAAGUA